AUGAGGGGUAUUAAACUUCUAAUAAUUGCCUUGUGCAUUUUCAAAGUUAUUGAUGCCGCACCUGCCGCACAAGCAGUUACACCAUACACAACACCUCCAGAAACACCUUCAGAAACACCUCCAGAAACACCUCCAGAAACACCUCCAGAAACACCGCAAACACUUCCGGAAACACCUACGGAAACAUCUCCGGAAACAUCAACACCUUCGCAAUUACCUCCGCAAACGCAAAAUGCAAACCUCAACUUCCCUAUAUCAGGUAAUGGAACUUGUGGUGUGGCAGUUGGUUCUCGUUGCCCUGAUGGUUUUUGCUGUUCUGCUGGUGGUUCUUGUGGUGAAGCUCCCGAACAUUGUCAGGCUGGUUGCCAAGAAGAGUAUGGAGUUUGUGGGGUUCCAGAUAGUGUUAGAAAUGUAGGCUUCCAAUUUAAUACAUGUACUGAAAAUAACACCCUCGCGAUUACAUUUGAUGAUGGACCACAGGAAAUUACGGAAACAUUGCUUGAUAAUCUUAAAGAAAGAAAUGUGAAAGCCACAUUUUUCAUGAACGGACAUGCAUUUCAAAAUCAUUGUAUUUAUGAUUACGCUCCCAUUGUACAACGAGCAUUUAAAGAAGGACAUCAAAUAGCUUCACAUACUUGGUCACAUCCUCAUUUGCCACUAGUAUCAGAUGAGGAAAUCCGUUAUCAAUUAGAAUUUCUUGAAGUAGCAUUCAAGAAAAUGAUUGGGGCAAUUCCAACUUAUUUUCGACCACCAUUUGGCGAACGUGCUGGAUCAGUACAAAAUAUUUUAAGAGAAAAAGGAUAUAAAAUGGUUAUAUGGGAUAUUGAUACUAACGAUUUUAAAGGAGAUUUACAACUUGCUACGGACCUUUAUAAUACUCAAAUAUCUAAAUCCCCUGAACCUAAUCCUCAUAUCAUAUUAAAUCAUGAUAGAGUUGUGAUCACUUCCACUACUCUUGGUCCUUUUGAAGUUGAUGAUGCUCUAAAAAGAGGUUAUAAAGUUACUACCGUUGGUGAUUGUAUAGGAAAACCAGAUAAAGAAGAUUGGUAUAGAGAUAUCGGUAAACCUGAAAAAAGAGAUGAUACUUGGAAAUGUACUAUUGAAGAUAUGCAUGGAUUUGGAGCUGCUCCAGAUGGCACAUUGUAG